AACCCAUGACCUACCUGAGCGCUGGGCACAGUUUCCCCUAGCAACAAAGAAGAUAAUGAAGACUCCUCCCUGUAUCAGCAACUCAAAGUAUUGGCUUCGGUUAGCAGGAGGUUGCCUUUGGUAUAAGGUCGGUUAAACUGCCUGAAAGAGGUGGAAAAACGGGAGGAGCAAUGAUAACAAGGAGGAGGUCCUGAUUCCCUAAAGUGCAGGUUUGGAGGAUUGUGAUUGGGGACAGAAAAAAAGAACAAGUCAUUAAAGAAGGGCACGGGGUCAUAAAAAGGGGAGAAAACUUAACUGGCAAAGCCGGUCUGUUGGAUAAUCAUGUGAUUAAAAUUGUGGCAAUAAAGGAGUGUACAGCAAGGGCACACAAGAAUUCACAGCCCUUUGAAGAUACCUAUCUGCUUCUAGAAGUGGAGAGGAAGCCCUAGAAAGGGCAGUCAACAAAUGCGGUCUUGUUCAUUGAUGGAAAAAUUGUGUUGCUGCUUAGCCAGCGUAAUGGAUGUUUGGGCCUUCUGACAUAUUGGAGAAGAUACGAAGUGACAAAAGAACACAAAAGACACAAAAACAUCUCGGGGAGAAUAAGAAUGGAAAGGAAUUUCAAGGGAGAAGUGUUGAAAGGGUCAAGAGGGAUAUCACUUCCUGCUCCCAACUUCUGUCACUUAAAGCAGCCAGUUCAGCCUACCUAACUGUAGGGCUGGACUUGUGAGAUAAACUUCUGAUCUAUCCUGCGUGGACCCGGAUCGCUUGUAUGAUCUCACCAUUUGGAUCCAACAAGAGUCUGUUAAUCAUUUGUUCUGCCCUUUGGAUAAUCAACUGCUUCAGUCUGCCUUUGACUUUGGUGUCCAGUGGAGCUAAGAUCGCCACCAGCUUAACGUCUCCUUCUCCUCCUUCGGCCACCUGCACAGCACACUGCAGAAUACAACUGCAUGCCUCACCUUUGAGCACCUCAGGGCAAAUGAUGUAGGCAACUACACCGGUUCCCUCUACUUGAAUAAUCAAAGAAAUAUCUCCUUUAUUAUACAGCUGGAAAAUGGCCGAUCUUUGCAGUAUACUUCCCCACUUCCUUUAUCCCUCUAGCAAUCUGACUAUGGAGCAAGCUUUGGAAAGUCAAAUAACACUGAACUGCACUGUGCAGCUGCCUUACAGUAACGACUGUGAUCUUGACCUGCGCUGGAUGAAAGAUAAUCAGUUCUUAGACAAUAAAACUCAUGCUUCUUCUACUCAGUGGUUCAGUGACAAUGAAACCAAAAUAUUUAUCUCCAGUUCUUUAGCACUAAACAUGACUGAUGAAAAUUAUGGAGUUUUUGCCUGCUUCAUUAGAAAUAGUACAGCUCUUUUUACACUGAAAAAAUCAGAAGAGACUGUUGGGCACUUGGGUGCAGUGCUAGUCACAUUUUUUGCUGCAGCACUCCUGCUAUUUGUAGCUAUAAUGUAUGUGAAGUGCCGACUGAAUGCUCUGCUCUGGUACCGGAAUCAUUAUGGAGAAGUAGAAAUUAAUGAUGGAAAAAUUUACGAUGCCUAUGUAUCUUACGCUGAUUCAGUGGAUGAUAGAAAAUUUGUGAAUUUCAUAGUGAAGCCACAGCUAGAGAAUCGCUAUGGUUACAAGCUCUUUUUAGAUGAGAAGAACAUUCUACCCAACUCAGAACCUUCUGCAGAUCUGAUUAUGAAUGUCAGCCGAUGUCGACGCCUUAUUGUGGUUCUUUCGUAUGCAUAUUUAGAACAAGAAUGGUGCAACAAUAAUUUCAGGGAAGGACUUUGGAGACUGCUGGAACUCUCCCGGAAGCCAAUCUUCAUUGUCUUUGAGAGCCAAUAUCGGGACAUAGCACAUCCAGCCAUUAAUUUGCUAAAGCAGGAAAAGAGCAACGUGGCCUUGUUGAUGUGGCAUGCUGGUUCCAUGGCAAUUGCAUCGGAUUUCUGGAAGGAGCUGUGCCUCUCCUUGCCACGGAAAGUAUCUUAUCAAGGCCUCAGGGGGGAUCCUCAAACCUAUCUCCAGGAAGACAAGGAUCCGAUGCUGAUUCUCCAUAGCAACUAUCCAGAAUUCCAGGGGGACUCUCACCCCGAAGGAGACAUUGUAAUCCGGAGACCAAUUAUCAAAGGUCUACCACCACCUGUUAAGAUUGAUCCUGAUGGUCCAUGUUUCGGAACAAUGGAAGAGGUACGGCUUGAGGAAAAUCAGAAGAAUGAGAUAGACAUUUCUGACCUGGGAUCUCGCAACUAUGAUGCAAGGACAGACUUUUACUGCCUAGUGACAGAUGAUAUAUAAGGCUUGCUAAGAUAUUCCAAUGGAAAUGAUAAUUUUUUUAUAAGCAUGGUAUUCCUUGGCAAGGACAAUAUGUUUGAUUAAUCUCUUUAAUACAGAACUGUCCAUGAAGAAGUACAGAACUCUGACCUGCUCUUAAUACUAUUCAACAUGUCUUUCCCUAGUUUAGAUAAAGGAUAGCAGUGAAAGAAAUGUUCAGAUGACACAAAACUAUGAGUAGCCAAGACUUCAGGAGAUAGAAAUAAAACAGCAGAGGCUUGGCAUCCUUCUGUUGGGCACUCAAUUAAACAGGGCAAUUGUAUAAAAUGGCCUCUGAACCUCCUACAUGAUUCUAUAAGCAAUCACCAUUGGGGGAAUGCAAGAUUUUGGAGAACAUCUGGUUAUCUUAUACACAAUAGUGCCAUUCAAUUUUAGAUGAUUAUCUUGCAUCAGAUUACAAUGUUGGGACUUACAUAAGCAACAGGCUUGGCAAGCUUUUCAGUUACUGCUAACAUCUCCAGGCAGGUGUUGAUAUGUGAGAAGUGAACGUUAAUAGCUAAAUGUUAUUACUGUAAUUGGAAUUAUAAAGGGAAAUAUAAACACUAAGGAGAUCUGAGUCUCCUUCUUGCUAGAAAAAUGAAAAGAAUGGCAGGUUUCUAUAUGAAAAAGAGCUUUUCUUUUCUUUGGAAGAAAAUAACAAAGCACUCACUUGUACUUAUUUCCAUGUAAAUUUGAAAAUGCACCUUAGUAUAUGUUAGCACCAAGGGAUGCAGACUUGCAUUGAUUUUUUUCCCCAGCUGAUAGAAUACAAUUGCUAUUUAUUCUUUAUAUAAUGCUAUCUAAGUAUGUGAUGGCAUUCUUCAUUAAGAAUUUUUCACGUGGUUGAAACACAUCUAGAGGAUGCUAGAUUGAUGUUAUUAAUCUUCUCAAGCAUUCUUACUUUUUGGUAGCCAAAACUCAGGUGUCUAUACCAGCCUUUCAGAUGAACACACUGUAUGAAUGCAUUCUGUAAUCUUUCAGAAACUACAGGUCACAUCAGAUGCAUGCAGUGACUAAAGUGAUGUAGGAUUUAAAUUGGGAUGAAGCAAGGGGAAAGAGAGGGGAUGGCAGUGUGGUUAUGAAGAUGCAGUUUGAUUGCAAAAAAAACCAUUAUGUUUGUUGAGAUCUUCUAAGACAGCCUGAAAUAUUUCAAUACAUGUGAAUCCAGAAAUCUCUUGCUCAAUUGCAUUGGUAGACUUCCUUUUUUCCAAGGGAAAAAUAUGUAUAAUAGAGUAUCCAAGUUAGUUUCAAUAAUAAGUAACUUGAAAGAAAAAAGGGAAAAAUAUCUUAAAUGCCUAUUGGUAGGGGAAAGGGCACUUCCAUGGGAAAUGGAGAAGGAAUGCAGAAAUGGGGCUGAGAAAGAGACAAAAAAACCCAAAACAAAACGAAUUUGAAGUCAGAAGAUGGGUAAGUAUAUCAAAAUGUGUAAAACCAAUGUCUUACAAAGUAUCAGGAAUUCAAGCACAUUGGAAUAGACUUAAGAUCAUGAAUAGCUGCUCAAGUUCCCCAAAUCCGAAAGUCCAGAAAUUAGGACUAACUCUUCUAAGCAGCAGUUAGAGACAUAUUGAAAUUGCCCCUCAAGUUUCAUCCAAAUUAAACUCAAGAAAAAGUUAAUUUAGAGAGCAGCAGAGUUAAUCAUGCAAUAGUAUUACAGUGAUGGUGCUUGUUUCUUUGUUUUUAGAUCACUGUAAUGACAAAAAAUCAUUGUUAGAAAAAGGUUGUCCAAAAGAUUGUCCAGUGCACUUUAUUUUCUUCAGAUAAACUUCUAUGUAUCAAGGAACCAAGAACCAUAGGAACUUUUCAAGAAGCUAAUCUUAGACUCUGCUUAAAUACUGGUUUUUGCAAUUCAAAAGGCAGCUCUCUGUGGAGAUUCUCAGUCAUCCAGGUCAUAGUUGUCUCAAAUGUCCUCUUUUUUCUUCAAAAGGCAACUAGAUUGUUUUUUUCUUUGAGGAAGAAGAAGAAAACAUUUUGCUUCUUGGAUGAGAAAUGAAAUGUUUUCUUAUUCUUCCUCUAGGAAAAAACAGUCCAGUUGCUUUUUGAAGAAAAAAGCACCUUUGAGUCAAAAGGCAGCUAUUUUUACUUUAAAGAUUGGAAUGAAAAUAAAGCGUUGUGAUUUUAGUUAUCAGCAGCCCAUUUCCUUUUAGUAUAGGCAGAUGUGAUCGAUGGCUUACCAGGCGUUGGUCUCAGAAUCAAAACUGAAGCCAUCUUUUUCAUGAGUAUCAAGAAAGCAAAGCUGAACUGGGCAGCUUUUCCAAGCAAGAAUAGAGGUGACUUCCAAGACUUAACUAAGGGGAUUUCUUAAAACUAUCUCGAGAGAAAGGGUUAAAAAGAUUGCAAACGAGAGCCUCUGUUUCUUGUACAUCAAUAUAUUUUCAAUACAUUUUUGUAAAGAACAUCAUUAUCAAGCAUAUUAACAUCAUCUUGUGUUAGUCCAUUUCAUAUGGCCUGCAAGUUCAAACAAAGUUUGAAGCCCCACUUCUAUCUUGCUUUAACUGGCUGAAAUUCUGUCUGAAUCCAUUUGUGAUUACUUUUCUUCAGAAAUAUCAAAAUUUAGAAAACGUUUGUGGUUUCAAUCUCGACUUCCUCUUCCUCUUUCAAUCUCAACUUCAAUCUGAAGUCAAAGGGGAAGUUUGGAGAUAUCUAGUGGAGGUUGAGGGAUACAGUAGAAUGUAACAUAAGAUAAUGCAACAUGAGCACAGACUUCCGAAAGAAAGAACUGGAAACACCUAUUUUGCUCCAUAUCAAAGCCAAUUAAAAUUGUUGAUCAAAUAACAGCCAAGGUAUGGUACUAAGUCCCAUUUCUUAAAAAUAAAACCACUGGAUGA